AUGAAACAUUUCAAAAUAAUAUUACUGAUGAUUGAUAUAUCAAUGAGUAACAUGGCUCAGCAAUGGUAUGAAAUGAGAACAAAACCUCCCUUUUUUGUUGCUAAUUGUACGGAGAGAUACGUAGUUAGUCUCUUACUGUGUGCAGCAAUUGGAAGAGAAGCAAAGGAUGUUACCUUUUUCUUUAACGGUGAUAAUAACCACUGUCGAUGGAAUUGUACAUUCGUUUACAGUACUGGUGUGACCAAUGGAAAUGUCGAGUGGUGGAAAUACGAGUUGGAAUGGAAGAAGAAUGCAGCAUUUCAAAAACUAGUUGAUAGCUCGUCAGUAUACUAUAAUUAUUACGAGAAUUGGUCUCCACAAUAUACUACUGAUGGUUUGAUUCCAAAUGGAGGAAUACAUAUAUUUCAUUCAGAAUAUGAAACUGCUCCAUGGAUCAGGGUUGAUUUGCAACAGGCAUUAGCAAUAUCCUUUUUGCGAGUAUAUAUGAGGAGAGAUGGUGGCGGUGAAAGAUUCCAUAACGUUGCUGUUGAAGUGACCAAUAGUAGCCAAUACAUACAGCGCGGGUUUUACAAAGGACCAUCAAAGACCCUUGGAGUAGUUGAGAUUUUGUGUGAACAACCAGCUGUAGGCCAAUACGUCCGCUUGCGUAUUAUCAAAGGCUCUGUAAAUAUCAUAAAUAUUCCAGAACUUGAAAUUUACACUAAAUAA